GGCCCUCCCCCGGGGGCUGAUUGGGCGCGGCGGCGGCGGGUGGCGUCGCUGAUUGGCCGUCGGGAAAGGGUCCGUGGUGGGAGGGCGGUGCUGGAGGCAGCCAUGGCGGUCCUGGUGGUCCUAGUCGGUCUCUUGGCGGUGGUGCUCGGUGCCGCAGGCGAGCCGUGCCCCGAGCCCACCAUCGUGCCCUCGUACUACACCACCUCGGAUGCCGUCAUCUCCUCCGAGAGCGUCUUCGUGGUGGAGAUCUCGCUGGCCUGCAAGAACGGCGCCCAGAAUGUGGUCCUCUACGCCGACGUCAACGGGAAGCAGUUCCCUGUCACCCGGGGGCAGGACGUGGGGCGCUACCAGGUCUCCUGGAGCCUGGAGCACCGCAGCGCUCAGUCGGGCACCUACGAGGUGAAGUUCUUUGAUGAGGAGUCAUACAGUGCCUUACGCAAGGCUCAGCGCAAUAAUGAGGAUGUCUCUCGCAUCCGGCCCCUCUUCACCGUCAACGUGGACCAUCGGGGCGCCUGGAAUGGUCCCUGGGUGUCAACGGAGGUGGUGGCAGCCGCCAUUGGCCUCGUCGUCUAUUACCUGGCGUUCAGCACCAAGAGCAGCAUCCAGGCGUAGGCCCCCCAAAAGUGACCCCCAAACACCGCCCCUCAAGGGGCUACACAAGUCCUGGGGGGAGCGGGGCACCCCUAAAACUGCCCCCACCCCUCCCAUGCCAGAAAAAAUGCUUUGGGGUGGCCCUCAAAAGUGGGGGUGCUCUGGGGUGGGGCUGAAGGACCCCCCCCAAAUGGGAAUGGCUGGUUGGGGCUGGGCCUCAAAAAUGGGGGAGCCACUCCUGAGUUUGGGAUGUCCUCAGCACGGGGGAGCCCCGAGACUGGGGGAGGCUACCCUUAGCCCCCACAAUUGGGGGUCUUGAGGGUCUCCCCACGAUUCCUGCCCAGGGAGCGUCCCCAAGGCCGCCUCCCCAUUGGCUGUGCCUCAAUAAACAUCUCCCUCCCA